UGUGCUCGGUCUGAAAAAAAAAAAAAUAGCAUGAUGUCUCUCUAGGCAUGCAGAUAGAUAGAUGCUUGGCUUUGCUUUGACUAACGCAUAACAUGUUUGUGUCGGGGAGAAGUGCAGCAGGCUGUAAUGGCAGGAGGCGAGUCUGGACACCUGCCGCCACCUCUGAGCGCUCACUCAGCCGCUCGCGUUCUCUGGCAAACACACCGCAACAUUAUCGGGAGAAAAAAGACAUAACUUAAUGCAUGAACCUGACUGUUUUUGUCUCCAAUACGUGUAACGAUAGAUGGCUGAGUUUAUAAGAUCACACAAGGUGGAAGCUGUGUGAUGCUGUGUGUUCCAUGGAUCGAGUUUUUUUUUGGGGAGGGGGGGAGAAGGCGCAAAUUGCAGCCCGCACGACGGUUGUUUCCCGGUAUGGAUGUUAGGGACUUAAGGAUGAUUGAAAACAAUCGAAAACAUAUCCCUGCUGCUGAGAAAGUGGCAUUACAAAGCAGAGAUCAUUCCUCCGCUCCGGGUAGUACAGAUGUGCUAGAGAUCAAACAGGUGAUUCGCCUCGCAUUAAACCCAGGCUGCUGCUGCUCCAACAGGAAUAGCCUCUCAGAGCGACUUCCAGGAUCCACCCUCCUCAUCUGUACACCCCACAGCAGAGGAUUGUCUUGGCGUAAAGCCGUGAUAUGGUGGUGAGGAGGGGGCGGUCAUGGUUUCUAUAAGAGCCAGCAUUUUUUCCCCUUUUUUAAUCGCUGUAAGAAAUCGAGCGUUUCGGAUUUCCAUCAGGGUAAACAACCAAAACUAACCUUCCCAACAGAGCUGCUCGUUAAAGCCAAUGGGUAGUAGUUGGGAGACGGUAUCCUCACUGCUUGUCCCCUCUCCCUCUCAUCCUUCGCCUGGGUGGAUGCACAGCCGGGGGCUUCGGGUGAUGUAGCGGGGUGGACCCGACUUGUCUCCAUUGGGCCCCAAUACGCAUCAGCGCUGAGCGGAGGGAGUCCCUCUUCUAGACUGUAAACAAGCCUUCCACGUCGUCGGCAGCCGAGCGCCACAAUAAAUAGCUCAUCAAACGAUUUUGUGAGCAGGCCCGCGGUGAAGGACCCGUUGCACCGUAAGCCCUCGGAGGCCCCACAAGGGCCCCACCCUGUCUGAACACUGCAGGUUCCGUCCGCCUCCAGAAUGACGGUUGCCACGGGUGACCCCGUCGACGAGGCAGCGGCGCACCCGGGUCUGCCCCUCGAACACUACGACCCGGACCCGGACCACGAGUGCUGUGAGCGGGUGGUCAUCAACGUUUCGGGCUUGCGCUUCGAGACCCAGUUGAAGACCAUCUCCCAGUUCCCCGAGACCCUGCUGGGCGAUCCAAAGAAGAGGAUGAGGUACUUCGACCCGCUGAGGAACGAGUACUUUUUCGACCGCAACCGACCGAGUUUCGACGCCAUCCUCUACUACUAUCAAUCGGGAGGCCGGCUGCGUCGACCCGUCAACGUGACUCUCGACAUCUUCUCCGAGGAGAUUCGGUUCUACGAGCUGGGCGAGGAGGCGAUCGAGAUUUUCAGGGAGGAUGAGGGCUUUAUCAAAGAAGAAGAGCGGCCCCUUCCGGAAAACGAGUUCCAAAGACAAGUGUGGCUGCUCUUUGAAUACCCAGAGAGCUCGGGUCCCGCUCGCAUCAUCGCCAUCAUCUCCGUCAUGGUGAUCCUCAUCUCCAUCGUGAGCUUCUGUCUAGAGACCCUGCCCGUUUUUCGCAACGACGACGAGGAGAUGCACAAAGUCUAUCCGCCUCACUACAACCAGACCUACGUCUACACCUCGACAUACUUCACCGACCCCUUCUUCAUCCUGGAGACCCUCUGCAUCAUCUGGUUCUCCUUUGAGUUCCUGGUGAGGUUUUUCGCGUGUCCGAGCAAAGCCGGGUUCUUUGGCAACAUCAUGAACAUUAUUGACAUCGUCGCCAUCAUUCCCUACUUCAUCACCCUGGGAACAGAGCUGGCCGAGCGACCAGAGGACGGCCAGGCGGGCCAGCAGGCCAUGUCCCUGGCCAUCCUGCGCGUCAUCCGUCUCGUCCGGGUGUUCCGUAUCUUCAAGCUCUCCCGUCACUCCAAAGGGCUGCAGAUCCUGGGACAGACGCUGAAGGCCAGCAUGCGGGAGCUGGGCCUACUCAUCUUCUUCCUCUUCAUCGGAGUCAUCCUCUUCUCCAGCGCCGUCUACUUCGCCGAGGCGGACGAGCCGGACUCCCAGUUCAGCAGCAUCCCCGAGGCCUUCUGGUGGGCUGUGGUCUCCAUGACCACGGUGGGCUACGGGGACAUGGUCCCCACCACCAUCGGUGGGAAGAUCGUGGGGUCCCUGUGCGCCAUCGCCGGCGUGCUGACCAUCGCCCUGCCCGUGCCCGUCAUCGUCUCCAACUUCAACUACUUCUACCACCGCGAGACGGAGGGCGAGGAGCAGGCGCAGUACCUGAACGCCCCCAGCGUGCCUAAGGUGGAGUCGGCGGAGGACCUGAAGAAGAAUGGUCGGAGCGGCAGUGGAUCCACCAUGAGCAAAUCGGACUACAUGGAGAUCCAGGAGGCGGUGAAUCACACCACUGAGGAGUUCCGCCCCGAGACCAUGAAGACAGGCAACUGCACCCUAGCCAACACUAACUAUGUUAACAUCACCAAAAUGCGUACGGAUGUAUAACCUGAGCUGAACGGCCUUUGGUUCGAUGAGGAGGUAUGUCUGACGGCGAGGGAGGAGGUCUUCUUCCUGCUGAUCUACAUGUGGGGCCCCAGACAGGGUGUCCAGAACAGAUCGGUCCAGGGGACUACGUGGGCCAGGGUCCCAAUAGGACAUGUAACAUCUAUCACGGGAUAACUGGCUGCCAUCCCAUUCCCCUUUUUUCAAACUUUCAGUGUCUGCAUGGAUUAUCUUUGUGACUAUUCAGUAAUCAACUCUUCUUACAGUGGUAGCCUAAAAGUAGCCUAACCAGUAAUAAUCAAUAGUAUAGAAGCAUUAAGUGUCCAGCGGUUGGCAUUAUCCUGCUCAAACUGCCGUUUCUAGAAUUUGCACAAACAUAUGUUUUCCGCCUUACAAAAAAUGUAGUACAACGGUAAACAGGAGCACUAUCUCUUGCUCUUAUUUCCAGGAACCUGACUCCUAACUAGAUUGCACAGCAUCUCAAAGGUGUUGAACGCAUCGGUACGCUUUUUCCCCACUAUAUCAGCCAAUUCUGAUCCCUGCCUUCUCAGAGGCGUGGUUCAUGGAUGACCACGCUACAAUCCCAAUCCACAGUAACACGAUACCUUUUAACUGCCAACUCUAACUUCAAGGGGAUGUAAGCACACACGCCAGAUAAGCCUCUGCCUCGCCCAGUGCCUGUCUGUAGUGUUUGCAGGUGGAUUAGGGGGCGGAAAAGAGCAUCUCCUUCCACGCAGAGAGAAUGUUCCAUUUAUUUAUUGAUAUGAGUAAAUUUGAUGUGCUACUUUUUUAUUGAUUACUGUCCUUCAGGAAUGGUAUGGAUGUGUGGAUGUUUCCCUUUGAGGUUGAGUGCCUGUUGGUUAAGGCAGGCAGACGGUUGGGAGAGACACUGCCCACCACAUCGGUAGUGUUGUGAGUGCCUACUAGGUCUACCCCUCUCUUACACUUCCAGUAAGUGUCUCUCCCCACCCCCCUUUUCUCUUUAGAAGAACACUGUUAUUAACAACUGCCCAGCAACAACUGUCUGUUUUCCUACUUCAUAGCAUUCCAUUUUUGUAGUGAUAGAUACAAGAGUAUGUUUUUGAUAAAUCAUUUAUGUUCCUUUUUAUUUUGAGCAGUUAGCAUCACAUGGUUGAACUUUUAUGGCUGUGAACCUUGGUAGUAUAGAAUGUAGGCUACUACAGAUCAUUUAAUAUGUAGAUCAACGAUGCAUUAAUCAUUUCUAAGAGGCAUUCCAUUAGCAAAGACCUUGGACAAUUACAUAGAAGUUUCCGAAGCUAAAGAGAAUCAAUUUACGAAACAUAACAAGUUUGACAAAUUAGCUAGACCAGCCAUGACAGAUUUGCAGUAUCCAUAUAUAUAUAUGUAGAGAGAUAUAUAGAUAUCUCUCUAUGUAUAUAUAUCAGCAGAGAGGGAUUGGCAAGGUGCAGCUCUAUUACUUUUAGUUUUCUUUAUCUUCAACAAAAAUAUUUCUUGUGUCAUCCCAAACCGUGUCAGUAUUGAUCUCAGAGGGGGGUUGAUCCUAUUAGAGAGAAAUCUUUUGAAGUUGCAACAAGCCAACAAUUGUUGACGAAAUCGAGACUAGACUAGAAUUUAUCGUGAUGAGACCAGACUGCAUUUAUUUAUUGAUUUAUUUGUAUUAAGUUCACCAAAGAAACCUGCCACAUGACUGAUCUUUGAUUGUAAAAGAGGACACAUUUUUCCAAAGUUUACUACUUCCAAUCCAUCAUACUAAAUUGUUUAAUUCCUACGGUACAAUUUGACAACGAUGAAAUGCUAGGGAAAGUUUGCCAGGACCUGCUAUAAGCCUAUUUCAUAAGCUUUUUAUCCAAAUAGCAUGCAUGCCCUAUGAAUUAGUCUUUGUAGCAUUCAAAGUGUGAAUGAUGUAAAAAUAACACAUCUAUUAGAGCAAAAGUACAUAUAUCUCUAUUUUUUCAAUACGACAAACGCGACCGCUAAGUGCAAUAUAUAAAAGACAAACGUUGACUGGUUGGAUGUUGUAUGCCGAUUGACAAAUGCACCGAUUUAUUGUUAAAAACAUCUAAGUGAUGAGUGACAUUUAACCAGCUCCACUGUAAAGUAAAUAAUAAGGUGAAAGUCCAGAAGGUUUUCAAGAUUAGUAUUAUUUUUUUGUGGAAGGAUCAUUAACGUUUUGCGUGGAGCCGUACCCCACACGGUCGCCCAACGAAAUCAACCCCCUUACCCGUGGGUCGAGAAAAGGUCAGGCAUGAGCUGGAACUGACGCAACCAUUGCCUCAGAAUGGAGCUUCUCCUCAGAACCGCUUCCUGCAGUUAACCUGGACUAUGGCUGAAUCAAUCCCGGAAGAAACACUUUUGUGUAGAACAAUACGACCGCUGGACAACUUCUGGGACUAUUUUCAAGAUUAGUAUUAUUUUUAUAUUUUUUCUCUGCAUCAUCUGGAAAAAAAAGAUCAAGCGAGCUUUUGCCCUUCUGCUCCACGGGAGGUUUCUGUCCUCCCUGAGCUCGCCUUAGGACACCUGCGUUACCGUUUGACAGGUGUCGGCAGAGAUGCAAAGCUGUGUGUAAAUUCUUCACAAGUCCAAAUUAGCCUCAGCUAGAAAGCCGUCUAUGCUAUCAGAUUCAUAACAACAGAUGUUGGUCCCCUAUGAACAGGAGAUGAGGGGUAUACAAGCCACGGGGUUGGUGUUCAGCAGAGUGGAUUUUAAUGCUCCUGGGGUGUGUCUUGAGUGGAUCUCUAUCGGAGCUGCAUGCCCUGCGACCACUGGAGAUGCGGUGUGUCCAUGUAGUGCAUCUUCGUGUGUUCAGAGGAAAGGCUGGGGUGGGGGGG